AUGUCUCUCAAUUUACUUGUUGAGUUUGCCCUACACUUCACGUCUUUUCGAAACAUUGACCUGCUGCAGCAGGGCAUCUAUCACGUCAAAGCCCAGCUCAGUCUCGACCCCCGCUCCAGCCUGCUUCUGCCUGUCGAAGGCCGCCCCUCCCCCCCAGCGUGCGGCGACGAUGUUCCCCCUCAGGGGGGCGAGGGUGGCGCUUCGUCGGUGCUUUCGGAAGAGGCUGGAGGGGGGACGACUUCCUCAUGGCGAAAAGGAGCCGCGGCUGGUGAGGCAGCAAGAAACGGUCAGCUAGACGGGGGAGGCGGCGGCGGGGUCGGGGGGGGGACAAGCGGCGCCAGCUUCGGGGGCGCCAGCGGCGCGCAGGUCCACAGCGUUGCAAGCGGCUCGGGAAGCGGCGUCUACCUGAGGCGCUUGCUCAGCCGGCGCAGCGGCUGGGCGCUGGCCGCAGUCCCGUACUCUUUCUUCUCGUCGCCGCUCCAGCAAGAUGAAGGCGCCCCCGCCGCUGGCGGAGUGGCGGUGCGGGAGACUGCGGCUGGCGGGAAUGCGAGAGGCGGCCUUCCAGGUGGGCAGACAGACGGCGAGAAGAAAAGAAGUGUCGAGCAGCAGCAACACUGGGCGUACGAUAACGGGGGAGACUCCAGAACUUCGAGGAACAGGGUCGCCACAGAUGCGAACGAAGCAGUGCUUCUUCAUCUGCAGGAAGAUCAGCAGGAGCAUGUCGGCACGGCACGAAACACGCUCAGCUCCUUAACACGAGGCAUCCAGCAGCACAAGCGGCGUGGGGGAGGAGCGGAGAACCGGAACAGCCACGCGCUAGUCCCGCCCAAGAUUGACGAGAGGGACAACUCCUUCUGCACUCGAGGCUUCCUCAUCCGCUACUGCGAUGAACAGGUGGCGCUCUCUGAAACGGUAUGCUUUCGUGUGGAAGUGCCUUUUUCGUCGCCAGAAGCUCUCACAAAUCUCUUUGCCGUUCUCCAGCUGGGGCUCUACUUCGCCCCUUACCUGCCGCAGUCGGCGUCUCUCGGCUCCUCUGCGCGGGUCGAGCGUUCUGCGGCAAAUGACGCAAACUCCCGUGGGAGUAAGGGAGAGCAGCAUGGAGACUCUGGCGGGCGGGCUACUGGGGCUUGCGGCCAGGAGAAGGGAGACAGCUCAGGGGGCGUUCCUGCAUCGAGUGAAGCGUCCUCCGCAGCGGCGCGCAAGCCGUCUUCAGGGACGCGAACCCGGGAAGAGAGAAGUGGGCGCGAAUCGACCACGAAGGCUUCGGCGUCGCGGUCUCCAUCUGCUGGGGUCGGCUCCAGACAGGGACGCAGCGGGGAGAGAGGGGACGCAGACGACGAUACUGAAGGAGCUCGAGAAGGGCGCGACGAGACAGGAGCUACAUGUCUCGCCGUCAAACUGAUGCUCAUCAGCAACUUCUUGACCGGCAUCCAGACAUUCGUUCCGGUCAUUUUUGAUGAAAGCCAGUUUGCAUUGAUGCACAUGCUUGUGGUCGCCUCUGUCGUCGAUAUUCGCCUUCGUCUGCGGCCUGCGCUUCCGCUCUCGCCGUUUCCGCUGCCCGUUCCCCGGUACCUGCGGGAGCAUCGGCGGGCUGCGCUGCGUCAGCAGCACCGCUUGCUUCAGCAGUAUCUCUCUCAGAGGGGGCCCUCCGACGGCCGCACUGACGAAGCAGCUCCCGCAUCUCGUCGAGGGUCUUUGAAGGCGGGGCUUCGUCAGCCGCAUGCCCGCGGCGGCGCCGAAGCCGGUCGUCGCUUUCCUCGCCGUCGCGGAGCCGGCGGCAAGCUACGGGCGAAGCACCGCGGGGGACUGGACAGCGCGAGUCUCGCCGCCAGGGGACAGGGUCGCGGAUGGGGAGGGGAGGACGACGACUUCACUGACGAGGCCUGGUCGGAUUCCGCAGACGAAGAAGACGAUUCAAAGGGCGGGCAGAGCAACGGAUACUCGGGGCGAGGCGGCAACGCAGGGGCCAGCGCCGGUCAAGGGGCGAGGCCGGGGAGGGGCGCCACCGAGUUGCCAGAAGAGCCGCAGGAGCACCUGCUGUUGACCUUAGAGCCCUCUCUUCCAGCCUUCCUCGUGGGAGCAGGCACUGCUUUCGCCCAGGCUGGCGGUGCGGCGUUCUCUAAGGACUCUGCGCGCCAGAGCGCGCGUCAGUGGGCUUUGGUGGAGGACGCGAGUGAAGCCACAGCAGCCGCUGCCGCGGCGGCGGGAGCGGCUCGCGGAUGGCUGUGUGAAAAUCGAAGCGAGGGGCGCGGAUCGCAGCGCCUCAUAAACCGAGCGGCGCAAAGUGAGGAAUGUCCUUUCGACGAGGAGAACUUGCUCGGCUGCGCCGCUGCACUCCAUGCGGCCUCGCUUCAGCUGUUGAUUGAGGUUUACGUGAACCUGGCUACGGCGGCUGCAAAGCUGUUCACCCGUUGCCUCCUGCCGGAGCGAAGGCACCACGUGUUUCCUCUGCAGCAGAUCGACAACCUGGUCCUUCCCGGCGGGGGAGUCUUGGAAGCCACAGGCGCCUCCUUCCACGAUCCAACCGACGGCCUGGGUGACCACAAAGAACGGCCGCCUGAAGCGCGCGGAGGGCCUCAACCCGCGUCGCCGACUCGAGACGCGGGAUUGCAAAACAGCUUCAUGCGUCUCCUGAUAAAUCGGGGUCGCUCGAGUCGCCGCGGGCCGUCCCCCGCGCCGGCUGGCGAGACGCGCGGCCUCACCAGCGGUGGAUUCUGCGGCAGCGCGCACUCGCGUACCACGCGAGGGGACGAGGGAUUCGGUAGCCCGCUUGGCUUGCUGCAGGAAGGCGAGAUCAUGAAGGGUUCUGGCGCCGACGGCGCGGCAGGUGUCGAGAGCGGGCGGGCGAACUGCGGCGACGGUCGGCUACAGAAUCACGGAGACGAGAAGUCAGUUGAGGUGAAGGUGCUGCGUCUGGAGCAGCGCCUCACCUGCAUCACCCCUGACGCUCUGUGCAGCGUGAUUGCAUCGGAUGUUCACGUUAUCGCAAGGCAGCUGUUCACGCUGUGGAGCCGGCUGCUCGCCGCGAUUCCCAUCAUCAGCCGUGAAAUGGAGCUGCUCCUGCGCGUGAACUGGGAGCACCAGUACGUCUCUCGACUCUCAGCAUUCGUCCUGCAGCACGUCGUCCCCCUGCGCGCCACAGACCGGCUCUACUUCCCUCCGCCUGCAGUGGCAGACCUGCCUGAAGCGACCACCGCAGGCAUGUCUCCUUCUGCCCUCAUCCCUCCCGCAGCCGCCGCUUCAGCCGCUGCGGCGACUGCCGCAGCUGCUCUAGCACGCCGCGGCUGCUUGGAGGACGAGGGAGAAUUCGGUGACGAGCCUGGAAAGCGACACCAGCAGGGGGCGGUGGCCGCUGCGCUGUGCGCCAGCGAGGAGGCGAUGUCUGAUUUCGCAGACGAUUGGCGCAUCGUCGUUGGCAAAAUCAACCAGAGGCCGAUGGACGUCCACGACUGUCGCCUGCUUGUCGGCUGCGACCGGCACCCAGUGGUGUUCGAGCAACGAUAUCGAAAGUGCGCCUUCUCUAUCAGUCCCCCUCCGAUACCGCCCUGUCUUCCGCUGCGGCCGCCGUCGUCUUCUCUCAGUCUAGCAUGCGCGCCGCCGAGUUCCAAAGGAAUUCACCUCUUCGUGCUCGUCCACGGGUUCCAAGGCAGCAGCCACGAUAUGAGGCUUCUUCGGAACAAUAUCGCGGCUUUCUACCCCGCCGCGGCGUUCCUUUGCUCGUCGGCGAAUCAGGAGCACACCGAAGGAGAUAUCGAGGUCAUGGGCAAGCGCCUAGCCGAUGAGGUUCACGCACACAUUCAGGACUCCUUUCCUCUGGAGGGCCUCGCCAAGCUCUCGUUUAUCGGGCACUCUCUGGGAGGAGUCAUCAUUCGGGCAGCGCUGCCGCAUCUGGUGCGGCCAUACGGCAGCCACUUUUUCUUGUACCUCUCACUCUCAUCGCCGCAUUUUGGGUUCGUCAAGAGCAAAAGCCGACUUGUCAGCAUAGGCGUCUGGCUGCUCAAAAAAUGGCGAAAAAGUCUCUGUCUCCAGCAACUGACGCUCAGCGAUGCGAAGGACUACGCUUCCACGUUCUUGUACCGCCUGAGUCGGCGACCAGGACUAAACGAGUUUCGGCAUAUUUGCCUGGUCGCCUCAUCACAGGACACCUACGCCCCGUUACAGUCUGCAGCGAUUUUACUACAGCAGCCGCGGGCUCACUCCCACGCGUCCUCCAUGCCGGCUGUUGGCCACGGCACCUCAGGUUUCCAAGGCUCGACUGUCCCUCCGCAUCCCGAUGGACUACCGCGGGCACCGGGUGAGAACAGGGCAGCCUCUUCGCGUGGAGCGGCGCUUCUCCGCGCAGACUGCGUGCCCUACGAAGGCGACAGAGGAGACCAGGAGUUCGAAAGCGGGGACAAUCCACGUCGACGGCAUCCGUCGGCGACGAUAAACACCUCUGCAUCUGGGCAAGCAUUCGACCAAGAAACGAGAAGGUCCUUUGGAGGCACGCUGGCUACCGAAUGCCGAGACCCUGUAAGGGCCGACGAGGACACGGAACAACCUACCCGACAAAGUCAUGUUGUGGAGCUGAUGGGACGCAAUUUGCUGGGUAACGUCAGUCCGGAGAAGAUCUUACGGCUAAACGUCAACUUCAAAAUCUCCGAAAAGAAUUUCGAUAGCUUCAUUGGAAGGGCCGCGCAUAUUCUUUUCCUGGAGAAUCAGGCGUUCAUGCGAACUCUUCUGUUGAGUCACCCGUAUUUGUUCAAAUGA